CAGCCUGGCUCCAUGGAGGAGCGGGAAGACAACUUUGUGCUUUCCCUUGGAGCCAACACCAUAAAGUGCAGCCUUGAGACUAACCAAACACAGGCCCCAAUGUGCUGGUCAGGAGCAACCUCCGGUGGCCCAGAGGUGGUGAUUGUACCAGUGCUUUUUGGGUUGAUUUUCCUCCUGGGAAUGGUGGGAAACACAUUGGUGUUGGUUGUUUUGGGGCGUCUCCGGUCUGGGGGACGCCCAUCACGCAGCAUUACCAACAUCUUCAUCCUGAACUUGAGCAUUGCAGACUUCUCCUUUCUGCUCUUCUGCGUCCCCUUCCAGGCCACCAUCUACUCCCUGCCAGAAUGGAUCUUCGGUGCCUUCUUUUGCAAGUGGGUUCACUACUUGGCCAUGGCAACAAUGCUGGUCAGCAUCUUUACUCUGGUGGCUAUGUCUGUGGACAGAUACAUUGCUGUGGUCCAUGCCAAGCGUUCACCCUGCAUCCGCAGCAAGCGCAACGCUGCCCUCGGCGUGGGUGUCAUUUGGCUGUUGUCUCUACUCAUUGCCAUCCCUGUAGCCCAGCACCAGGCCCUCAUGAGUGGUCAUCAGCAAGCACCCAACAGCUCCUUCUGCUGGGAGCACUGGGCAGAUGGUUCAACAGCCAAGCAGAUGUACAAGAUUACCAUCCUGCUGGUGGGAUACCUCCUGCCCCUGGUGCUCAUCACCUGCUGCUAUGCCAAGGUUUUAUAUCAUCUCCAUACGAAAGUAAAGAACAUUUCCAAGAAGUCAGAGAGAUCAAAGAAGAAG